UGUUUUGAUUUUGGAUUUUCAUCGGUAAUUUACUUUGUUUUCUUUCAUUCUACGCCGUUAAUUUACCAAAGAGGCUUUGAAAUACGUCAUCAUCAAUUGUCUUGGAAAAAAUAACACCCACAAAGGAUUUAUUUCUUUAAAAAAUGAAUUUGGACACAAGUCUUCAAGUCCAUUCUAAGUUGGAGAAGGAGACCUCAAACAUGGUUCUGCUGAGGGAAAGGGUGGAAAAGUAUCAUGAUUUGUCCAAUCAGAUGUCUGGCAUAUUGACUGUUUUCGAGCAACGUUUGGGUAAAUUGGAGAAAACAAUUUUACCUGUCUAUCAGGAAACUGAACAGCUACAAAAACGACAACAAAAUUUGGAAGCCACCCUUAAUUGUUUGGAGACUGUGUUAUCCCACUAUGAUGUCACCCAAGAGGUUUGUGGUUUAAUACAUCAAGGACCCACCGAGGGUAAUGUGGGUGUCUUCCUCGAAGCCUUGGGUCGUUUGCGUUCAGCCAAUGAAUAUUUCUUGCAUCAUAAUUCACAAAGUGUUGAGUUGGAAAAUGUCACAAGCCUCUUUAAUACGGGCUGUGAGGGCCUCAACAAUCAUUAUCGUUUUCUGUUGAAAAAAUAUGGAAUGCCCCUGAAGCCAGUCGAUAUAUUGGAUCUCAUUUACAAUGAAGAUGAUUCAUCCAAUGAUGAAUACACCUCCUUUAGGCAAAUGACACAAAGUACAAGAGUGGAGUUAUUCACCAUUUCCCAUUGGCUGGAACAGAAUCUGAGAUUUGAAUACACUGUCAUCUAUGCAGCGGAGAGGGGUGAAGUGGUCUUUAGAUCGUUGCAAAAUUUGAAAGAUCACCAGAAGAGCAGUAGCUGGGGAAAUGAAGCGCUGAAAUCUCGUCAUUCUGCCGGUCGUCAGGACACUAAGAAGAGUCCCUCAAUGCGGUUACAACAAAUUUUCGAACGCAAAGCAAAUAAGUUGUAUUUGAAAGCGACACAGACUCUCAACAGCACUGGUAUUUCCAUUAAAAAAGCCACAUCACACUCGGAACAUUUGUCCUCGGAGGAGUAUGCCGAUGGCGAUCAAGAAUUGGAUAAAUAUUUAGUUAUGCUUUUGGGUCUACAGCGACUUUUGAACUGGGAAAGAGCUCUAAUGCAGGAGAUAAUACCCUUUAAACAUCAAUCGGAGGUAUUUGCCAAAUUGGCAAAUAAAUCGAUUGAUAUGGUCGUGAAAGAUGUGGAGGCCAUUACAAAUCGUAUCAUGCGUAGCAUAUCACGCAAGGAAUGGACAUCGGCGUUGGGGAUAUUUAAGACCUUGAAAAAUGUUUUGCUUUUGCAACCUGAUAUUGAUCGUACCUAUGAUGUCCAGCAAAGGGAACAGCUGACAAAGGUCUUGAAUAAGUUGCAGUAUACGGGCGCCAAGGCAUUGGAACAUUUCCUGGAGGUAGUGCGCGGCGAUUCCAACACAAACAUUGUGAGCAUGAGCUCAAGUACCUUGGGUUAUGUGAAUGUUCCCAAAGAUGCCACCGUUCAUGAAUUGACCUCCAAUACAAUAUGGUUUAUAGAGAAUCUUCUCAAUCAUUAUGAUGUUAUUGGGGUAAUCCUACAGCCUGAUGUAUUGUACUCUACGCAGUUGGAUUCCAUACUUAUUAAAAAACAAUUACCAGAAGAAGAGCACAAUAAGGCUUUGUUGGCCAUAUACAUAAAAAAAGCCUUGGCCGAAUUGAACUUAUCGAUAAUGAACAAGUGUGAACAAUACAAUGAUCAGGCCACCAAACAUUUAUUCCGUCUGAACAAUAUUAAUUAUAUUCUGAACUCUUUAAUUACCUCAAAUCUAAUUGAUAUUGUAACAAUUGCUGAACCCGAUUGUCGCAAUAGCUAUAUCGAAACUAUUAAAGAGCUGAAGUUCUCAUAUCAAAAGACAUGGUCGAAAAUGUUGUCAAACAUUUCACCCUUGGAUGAGCUACCAAAACCAAUACAGGGCAAAAUUAAGGACAAGGAUCGUAGCAUCCUGAAGGAGAAGUUUUUGGCUUUUAACAAGGACUUUGAGGAGGCAUGUAAAAUCCAAAGAGGAAUUUCAAUACCGGAUGUCAUGCUGCGCCAGGGCAUUAAACGGGAUAAUGAGGAACAUAUUUUACCAAAAUACAAUGAAUUCUUUAAUAUGUAUGCCGGUGUGCACUUCAGUAAGAACCCGGAAAAAUAUGUUAAAUACAAACCACAUGAAAUCAAAGCUUGUCUCAACAAACUAUUCGAUGAUUCCGCCUAGUAAUGCAGUAUUGUACGCCCGUAUUUUACAAAUCAUUUGUCUUUUUAUUUUAUUUAUAUAAAGUUAGUUAUAAAAAAGUGUGUUCUUAAAGUAUAACAGUUAUUAACUAAAAAAAAAAUAAAUAAAUAAUUUCAUAAAUAUA